CAUCAGAUUAGAUUGGAUUGCUGGGCUCGGGAUUAGUUGGGAGCGGUGUCGAUUUGGGGCCCCCUAUAGUGUAGAGUUGACUGCGGUGAGUUCACUGCCGCAUCAUGGGGGUUUCGUGGAUUGCUGCGCCGAUAUUUGUACUUGGCGCCUGCUUACAUGAACUGGCUGAAAGCGGACAGAGCUUUGACCUGCAUCAUCAGCUUCAGGCUUCAGUGUUAUGCUUUCGAUGUGGUUGGCAAAAUCACGUUCAGCAGCGAUUCGGAUUUAUGCAAAGAUAUCGAGGGUACAAUUGAUGCCCUCCAGAAGUUUCUCGCCUAGACGGCCUUGAUCGGAAUCUUCCGCGAAUGGCAUUCACGACGCUACGGCCCUCUCGACCGACUUUGAUCCUCAGGGCUCAAUAGUCGGUCAUAUAUCAUCAGUUCUCUAUAGAAAAAAGCCCGUCAACUAGACAAGACCGCUGGUCGACACAAGGAGCCGCAGCAAGAGGAUCCCCCAACAAGCCAGGGGUCACGAAAGAAUCAACAGCAGCAACAACUCCCCGAGACUUCAUGGAGCGCAUGGCCGGCGAGCGGGCCCGAGAUCUGGACAAGGUCAAUGACUUCCACAUUAUGAUGAAUUCAACUUAAG